UUCAUGGAGCGGCCGGCAGGCGGCGCCAGAGCGCAGAAGCCGCAGCCGAUGACGUCACUCCAUCAGUCUAGGCUGGUGAUGCUGAGCACGCUCACCGGAAGCCAUGUUGUGAUGAUGUUGGGAGGACUUGUUGACCACGACAAGCACAGGAAGAUGAUGAUGAUGAUGAUGAUGAAGAAAAUGAUGGUCACAAAAUGGCGCCAAUAAGGAUUUGCUCGUGUGGUUUCCGACCUGCGCGCGCGAAUUCGUUCGAGUGACACAACAAAAGGACGUCGACGAUAGACAACAGAGACGGGAUGGCGUUCAUGUGCGGCUUCUCGCGCUCGCGCAGCAGCUCGCCCGCUCGUCAGGACUCCCGCGAGCGCGUCUCCGUGUCGGAGCUGGAGCGACUUUUGAGCAGCGGCAAGACGGCCUGCAACCACGCCGAUCAAGUCUGGCCCGGACUCUACAUCGGCGACCAAAACGUGGCGUCGGACCGUGGCGAGCUGGCGCGCUUGGGCAUCACUCACAUCGUCAACUGCGCGCAGAGCCGAUGGCGCAACGGUGGCGGCGGCGCCUACGCCGGCAUGAAGGUGACGUACCUCGGCAUCGAGGCGCACGACUCGCCCGCCUUCGACAUGAGCAAAAACUUUUACCCCGCCGCCGACUUCAUACACAAAGCGCUCUCUGGAGGAGGGCAGGUUCUGGUCCACUGCGCGGUAGGCCUGAGCCGCUCGGCCACGCUGGUCCUGGCCUACCUGAUGAUCCGGCAGAACUUAACCCUGGUCGAGGCCAUCAAGACCGUGAAGGACCACCGCGGGGUCACGCCCAACCGAGGCUUCCUGCGCCAACUCAGCGGCCUGGACGGCAUCCUGUGCGAGAGUCGCCGCACCGCCGCCUCCACGGCAGCGGCGGCGACCAGCUCGUGCUAACGGCUAACGUCAGACAAUGUGCGGAAAAGCUGCCGACGUCACCGUCGGAACAAAACUGCCUCCACCAUGACGGGCUGCCGAGGACCCGCUCAGAAAACGGACCAAGACGGAGCGUUUGGUCAAAUGCUCGUUAUCAUGACCGCCUCCGUCCAGCAUUUGUUAGCAAACGUGUUUUCGUUUUUUUCCCACGCUGAAAAAGCAAACAAUGUUCUUGUAUUCUUCAUCAGAGGCCUUUUUCUUCCUCUGUCUGAUUUGUUGAUUUGCCUUCGAAGCACCGACGCCUCCCUGGCUUUGUGAACGAGCCGGCCGGCGGGUCGCUCCACUGCCACCGCAACAAAGUCAAAUCAUCAAAAUCAAAACAUUUGCCAUACGACCCACACCGCACUAAAGAAUUCAUUAAAAAA